AUGCCUGCCACUCCUAAGUGGCCAGCCUGUGCGUUCUCCCGCGAGGAUGCGGAGAGGUUUUGCGAGAUGCUGGCCGCAGCGCACGGUCCAGCCUAUGUGGACGACACAUUGAACGAUGUUUUGCAGAAACUUUUUCUGAAGGCCUUGAAGGAUUAUGAAAUGGAUGAGAACACAAGCAACGGUGGCUUGCAGUCAUCUCUCUGGCAGAUUCGGGAUUGUCAGAGUUUGGAAAUGCUGCCAUCGCUUUGUCAAAAUAUCCAUGAUAUGAAGAUCGCGAAGGAGUAUGAAGUCAAUAAAAGCAAUCCGACAAAGGCAGUCGAGAUUAGUGGAAAACAAAAGGCAGGAAAUUACUAUCUCUCUACCACUGUCAAUGGUCGUGGUUGCAAUUGUGCCGUCAAGUUUGGAGGUGAAAAAUGGAAGGAAACCCAGGACAGCAGUGUGCGUCCUUGCGAAGCGACCAUGGAAGGAUUGGCAAUGCAGAGAUGGGUCGUGGAUAAGUUGCUCAAGAAGGAGUCCUGGUACAAGGAAAACAAGAGUUUCAACAUCUUCAUGAACCGGUACUCUUAUGCCACCGACCAUGCCAUUUCAAUGCACACCGAUGCGUCCAAAUAUUAUGAUGAGAUUGAUCCGAUCACAUCGCUUUCAAUGGUCCUGGGAUCAUUUCUUUUGAUCCAAGCGAAGCAGGCUAAAAAACGAGGCAACAAGCCGAGGUGGUGUUUGGUUGUUUACCAGCCGCCUUGCUCCAUGCUGAUCAUGGCUGGGAAGUUUCAAUCGCAGUUCGAGCAUGCAGUGCCUGCUUGGUUGGACAUGAAGGAGAUUGCCCAUGCGGAACAAAAUGCUGAGUUUCAAUUGACACGCGGUGGGCAGCAAGAGAAUCUCAGACUCCUGUUUGUUGGGCAGGCGAAACAACAGAUGAAGGAUGAAAUUGAGAGACUGGAGAGUCUCAAUUUGAACGAGACUCACAGGUGGAAUGUGACGGUGAGGUGGAUAAGACGCCAUAACGAGGACUGUCCAUGUCGUGGGAAAAAAGUUGAACUAGUCGGACCUGAGAUGCUGAAACCACCUGGAAAGGCAAGGACGCAUGAGGGAUCUGCGGGGUCGAGUGCCAAGUUACCUUGGGAUGCCAAGGCAGCAGCACACCAGAGACAAGAGUUUAAUAAAGGCAGGCCAGGAAGUGAUGUGCGGAAAGAAAAUGAUGGUGAGAGGCCAAGUUUAUUUGCAGAGCCAGCUUUGGUUGCCACGCUGGAAAUGGCGAUUGACAUGAUCACUGUGGAACCAUGGCCGCUUUUUUCUGCUUCCUUCUGUGGAGACUCCGGUGUGAGGAGACUGGUCCUAGAAAUGGUUGAGAAGAACAAAAUGUAUCCUCAGCAGAGUUUAAGCGUGCAGCGGAAGAUCGUGGAGAAGUUGCGCAAGUUGAGGAGACAGGCUUUGCUUUUGGACUUGCUUUGGUUGUCGACAGAGGGACCUAGUUUUGUCGCUGCGAUCGACCAAGUGGCUGUCGAAGUUCCAGGCAAAGAUCCAAAGCAGUUGACAGUGGUUCAGAUGUCUUUUCGUAUGUUCAAGGUACUCCUGGAUGAGCACCCCAUUGAUGAAGACUGCCUCCAAGAACAUGGUCUCGUGUGCUUGGACUUUUCUGGUCUGCGUGACGAUGUUUUGAGCCAAAGCGCGAAAGAUAAAAAAUGGGAUUGGAUGACUUUGCAGGGAAAAUAUUGCAUCGAGUCAUUCACAGCCUAUGUGUUUGAUGAUUCUGCACCGUCGGAUAGCAUCAGUAUCAGGACCAAACUGACUUUUCUGCAACAGCCUUUGCGUGAUGUGGUCCGGAUGGCUGAGUCUGGGUCAGGGCCAGAAGAGUCCCUGACAAGUGCUAUGCGGUUGGAGAAGUGGUUCGAUCUUUAUUUGGAUCAGAUCUGGACACAUGAAAGCUCCCAACGGGCUAUGUCACCAGACGGUCGGUUGAUUUUGUGGAUGAUACCUCUGCAAACGAGACUCACCUACCUCGGCUCUAAAAGAGCGAAAACAACAUGA